AUGUGCGUGGACUUCACCGACCUGAAUAAGGCUUGUCCGAAGGAUUGCUACCCUCUCCCUCGCAUCGACCAGCUGGUCGACUCAACAACUGGGUACGAGAUCUUCUGCUUUCUGGAUGCUUUCAAAGGGUAUCACCAGAUAGCUCUGGAUGAGGAGGACCAAGAGAAGACUGCCUUCAUCACCGAAUACGGUACGUAUUGUUAUACCACCAUGCCAUUUGGCUUGAAAAAUGCAGGCGCGACCUAUCAGCGGCUGGUCAACAAGCUGUUCAAAAACCAGAUCGGCCGAAACAUGGAGGUAUACGUGGAUGACAUGCUGGUGAAAAGCCGAACUCCGGAGCAGUUCAUCGACGACCUCAGGGAGAUCUUUGACGUCCUACGGAGCUCACGGAUGCGACUAAAUCCCAAGAAGUGCACUUUCGGGGUCAGAUCGGGCAAGUUCCUUGGGUACAUGAUAUCAAAAGACGGAGUAAGAGCUAAUCCCGACAAGGUGAAAGCUAUCAUGGACAUGGCUCCUCCCCGAAGCAUAAAAGAGGUUCAACGGCUAGCUGGCAGGAUGGCGGCCUUGAACAGGUUCUUGUCGAAAUCUGCAGUUCGGGGUUCCCCCUUCUUCAAGGCCCUGCGGAGAGGUCCCCAGUUUGAGUGGACCCCCGAGUGUCAGCGAGCGUUUGACGAGCUAAAGGCCCACAUCGCGCGGUUGCCAGCCUUGACCUCUCCCACACAUGGGGAGAUCUUAUUUAUCUAUCUAGCAGUGGGGGAGGAGGCAGUCAGUGCGGUGCUAGUUCGGGAAGAAGGAAAAAUCCAGAAGCCUGUGUAUUAUGUCAGCCGAGCUCUGCAGGGUGCGGAGCCAAGGUACACCUCGAUUGAGCGGUACGUUUUAGCGUUAGUCCACGCGGCCCGGAAGCUCAGGUCGUAUUUUCAAGUUCACCCCGUGGUGGUUAUGACCGACCAGCCACUCAAACAGAUUCUUUCCAGACCGGACGCGUCAGGUAGAAUGGUGAGGUGGGCUGUGGAGUUGUCCGAGUACGACCUCCGCUACCAACCUCGCACGGCCAUUAAGGCCCAGGCAUUGGCAGAUUUCAUAGCUGAAGGGGUCUCCUUCGGACAACAGGAGUCACGGGUCAAGCGGACCAGAGACACAGCCAAGGCCAAGCAGUCCGGAGAAGCAGUCGAGGCCGCGCAGACCUCCCGGUCCCAAACAACCCAAGGCGCAGCAGAGGCCAGGCAGGCCAGAGAAGCUGUCCAGGUCAGGCAAGCCACCAGGACUUCCAAAGUCGAGCAGACCAUAAAGGCAGUCGAGGCCGAGCAAGCUAAAGGACAUGUCAAGGUCGGACAGGCUACAAAGGAAGUUCAGGUCGGACAGAUCGGAGACGCAGCGGAGGCUGAACGGGCCGAAGAGGCUGCCGAGAUCGAACAGGCCACCGGCAAAAUUGAUCAGACCAUUCCAGUCUGGACGCUGUUCGUGGAUGGGUCGUCGAGCAAGGAAGGAUGCGGAGCAGGGCUUCUCCUGACCAGCCCUCUGGGGGACGAGUUGGCCUACGCCCUGAGGUUUGAUUUUAGGGCCUCCAACAACGAAUCCGAAUAUGAGGCCCUGGUAACAGGGAUGGUGAUAGCUCGGAAGCUGGGGGCCGAGUCGAUAGCAGUCUACAGCGACUCGCAACUGAUAGUCAAUCAGGUAGGGGGAAGUUAUGAAGUUAAGGAGGAGCCCCUAAGAAGGUACGUCGCCAAAGUGCACGAGCUGAGGGCUCAGUUUCAGCUGUUCACACUCAAACAGGUCCCACGAAGCCAAAAUAAAAGGGCAGACGCCCUGUCCAAGUUAGCUUCCACCUCGGUCGGUACGUUGAACAAAGAAGUCCUGGUGGAAGUCGUCAGAAAUCGGGCAUAUGACCAGGUGGACUCGGCUGUUAUUCAGGUAGUGAGUUCAUGGAUGGAUCCCAUCGUGCGGUAUUUAGCUAGUGGAAAACUCCCUCAAGACCGGGUGGAGGCGCGAAGGGUCCUCCUCAGGACGCGGGGAUACGAGCUCUCGAAUGGGGUACUCUACAAGAAAUCCUACCUACGCCCGUGGCUGAGGUGCAUCACUCCGGAAGAGGGAAACUACAUCCUGCGUGAGCUGCACGAGGGCAUCUGUGGAAACCACGUCGGCCCGAGGGUUUUGGCCAAGAAAGGAAUGCUGUCUGGUUAUUACUGGCCAACCAUGUUCUUGGAUUCAACCGAACUGGUAACUCGGUGCAAGUCCUGCCAGCUGCAUGCGCCGAUCCAUCACGCCCCGACUCAGGAGAUGAUCCCUCUCCAGAGCCCUUGGCCUUUUUUCCAGUGGGGAAUCGACCUGUUGGGUCCGUUUCCCCGAGCUCCGGGGGGUUAUGAGCAUGUAGUGGUGGCUGUAGACUAUUUCACCAAAUGGGUGGAGGCCGAGCCCCUUACCACCAUUAGCAGCAGGUCGGUGCAGAAGUUCUUCUGGAAAAACAUCGUCUGCCGAUUCGGUAUACCCCAUGUCUUGAUCUCAGACAACGGACGCCAGUUCGCCGACGUUGCUUUUCAAGGCUGGUGCACGGAGCUCGGGAUCCGGCAGCAUUUCACAUCGGUAGGCCACCCUCAGGCCAAUGGCCAGGUCGAGAACGUCAACAGGACCAUCCUGCAUGGUUUGAAGACACGGAUGGAGUUCGCCCGAACUAGGUGGUUGGACGAGCUGCCGACCAUACUGUGGGCUUACCGAACCACUCCCCGAACUGCUACCCAGGAGACUCCUUUUGUUCUAACCUACGGAGCCGAGGCGGUGAUCCCUGCGGAGAUAGGAGUUCCCUCGGGCAGGGUUCAGAAUUUCGUAGCUCAGGACAAUGAGGAAGAACUACGUCUUAAUUUGGACCUGCUGGAAGCAAGGAGAGAAGAGGCGGCUAUACGGAUGGCUAAGUACAAAGGGCAGGUCGCGCGACACUACAAUGCUAGGGUAAGGCCUCUGACCUUCAAGCCAGGAGACCUGGUAUUGAGAAAGAAUAGCGUGAGUCGGCUUCAGGGCGCGGGCAAACUAGAUCCAAAUUGGGAAGGCCCCUAUGUGGUGAGAGAGGCAGAUCGAGCUGGGUACUGCAAGUUAACCCACCUCGGGGGGGAAGAAGUCCCGCGUACCUGGCACAAUUCCAACUUGAGAAUUUUUCGUUAA